UCAUUCGCUCGUCUGAUCCGGUCCUGUGUGGUACGUUUAAUCUAUAAUGGCUGUAACCAGUAACUUGCACGUCGAGUUGACAGUUGAUCCACCAGUAGUCAUUAAGGAUAUACCAGUCACGCUUAUCUGUUCAAGAAAUAUAGAAGACGAAGAGGUGUACACAGUGAAAUGGAUUCGAGGAACCCACGAGUUCUUUCGAUACACACCAGGAGAUAAGCACCCUUUUAAACAAUUCGGUAUACGAGGAUUGUCAGUCAAUACAAACGGCUCAAAUGGAACUCAUGUCAUGGUGAAGUUUUUCGAACACGAACUAUCAGGUGACUUUAGUUGCGAAGUCACUUCGGAGUCGAGUUUUAUCACAAAAAAUGACACCAAGUUCAUUGAGGUUAUCUCUUUACCUCCCUACGAUCCAAUACUGAAGACUAACGAGGACCGAUACAAGCCCGGAGAUGAACUGAUAGCGAAUUGCACCUCAGGCCCCGCGAAACCUAUACCAAAUCUUACAAUAUCUGUCAACGAUGAACCGCUUCGCCCUUUAAGCACCACGUGGCUUUCUUCAUACGACAGAGCGCGAGCUGUUGUCAAGGUCAAGCUGACUCCGGCGCACUUCUCCGCCGGUUUACUGAGGCUGUCAUGUCGCGCCUCCAUCUAUGACGUCUACGCGAGAAAGCGAAACGUGGACUUCUUUGCGCCUAAUAACGGCCCUAGGCCGGAGAGAAUAACACAUAACAGCGGCGCAUCUUCCUGCUUUCUAAAUUGGUUCCUGAUGUUGUUUUUAUUAUUUUUACCUAUGGUUCUUUGUCAAGAUUAUGAAGAAUUGUUAGAAACUGCGCCGAGUGAUGCGUUCCAAUACUAUGAUGAAGAAAGUGAAAUGAACGCAAUGAUAUCUGCUAUUGGAGGUUAGAAUAUCGGUUAAUAUAUUAUAACGAAUUUAGUAUAUAAAAAUGAAUUUAGCAAAUUAAAUUUUAUUAUCUAAUAAGAUACUUGUAUUGAAAGACAUUGUUGUCUCUGGUUACACCUCUGAUACCAUUGAUUCUAUAUUCUACCGGACAGGCUAUAAGCCGUGAUAUUCUGUGCCUAUUUGAUUUUCGUCAUGUUGACGGUAAC